ACAUCGAACCUGCAAAAUCAAUCACUGAUCUCUAUCUUUCUGUGCCAUUUGGGAUUCCAUCGAUCUCAUCUCCCCCUAUCCCUAACCCUAAUCUGCGAUUUCAGCUUUUCAGCUCCGAAAAUGGCCACCGAGGAACCGGUUGUCGUGAUCGAGACUACAAUUGAGGCGGCGGAGCAGCAGAUCGAGGCUGAGCCAGUCAAGGAGGAGCCGGAGAAUCUUCCGGCGAAGUCAACCAAGUCGAAGAAAGCGAAGGAGCCUAAGGCGAAGAAGCCGGCUGCUCCCAGGAAGAGGAACCCUCCUGCUCACCCGCCUUACUUUGAGAUGGUCCAGGAGGCGAUCGUCACUCUGAAGGAGAGGACUGGAUCGAGUCAGUACGCUAUUCAGAAGUUCAUCGAGGAGAAGCAGAAGACGCUCCCGUCGAAUUUCAGGAAGCUGUUGCUGUUCCAUUUGAAGAAGUUUGUGGCCGCCGAUAAGCUCGUGAAGGUGAAGAACUCGUACAAGCUGCCGUCGGCUCGCUCUUCUGCUCCCAAGCCCGCUGUAACAGCUCCGGCCAAGAAGUCGUCUACGGUCAGCAAGGCCAAGGCGACCAAGGAGAAGAAAGCGGCUGCGAAGCCCAAACCUAAGCCCAAGCCCGCUGCCAAGCCCAAAGCUGCAGCCAAGACCAAGCCCAAGCCCAAACCCAAGCCCGCUGCUAAGGCUAAGCCCGCUUCCAAGCCUGCUGCCAAGACCAAAGCCGUGGCCAAGCCCAAGCCCAAGUCACCUGCUAAGACCAAGGCUGCCGCACCAAAGCCCAAGCUGAAGGAGAAGCCGGCUAAGGUGGCCAGGACCGCCACUCGGUCCAACCCGGGAAGGAAGGCCGCCGCUCCUAAGGCGGCGCCGAAGAAGGCAACCCCGGUGAAGAAGGCUCCGGCGAAGAGUGUGAAGACUAAGACCGUCAAGUCUCCGGCGAAGAAAGCAGCCGCAAAGAGGGGAAGGAAGUGAAGAAACAGGGAAGCCUUAGUGAACUGAGAUAGCUUUUUGUACGUAGGUGUAAGCUUGUAAAUUCACUGCCUGCAGUUGGUUUACCCUUAUUUUACUAUAUCAUCUGAAUAUAUAUAUAGAGAGGGAAGGGACUGUGAUGAAUGCCUUCUCAUUUCUCCAUUUUCCUCCUUGGAAACAAAUUUCUUUCGUUUCUAUGCUAUAUGUCAAGAAGAAUUCUUCUUUUCUUAGUGAU